AUGCUCGCAAUACAAUUACAAAAGAAUGCAUCCAUACACAAUCUUGAAACUGACAUUCCGAAGUUUCAACUCCCCGAGAACCGAUUCUGCGCACAAAACUCCAGCUUCCACACGAACACUUUGAAGAUGACAUUGGGAAAUACCUUCCGAACAGCGCUCCGGUCCAAGAAGGCCCCAGUACCAAUAAACCACCCACCCGGUGUCUGGGGUCGGGUCCCGAGAGCAGAGCUCCCUCGUACGGGUCCCGCGUCCUACGCGAAGUACAUCGGCGCUCAUCUUGCCGGUAGCAUAGCCGUACAUCUGUCGGUUGAGUACCUGCGGGAAAUCAAUGCUGGCAUGUAUGUCGACUUCAAUUCAAGAGAAUCUAUUAGAUCCGCCGCCGCACUCAAGGCUGAAGACGUAAUGAGCUUCUAUCACGGCCAAGAGCCCGGCCACACCCCCGGCGUCCUCUCCGGCCCAGGCCCAGAGCACAAUGACUACAUCUGGUGGGAAGCCGGCGCGCUGUGGGGCACGAUGAUCGACUACUGGAGAUAUACGGGCGACGCCACCUACAACGACGUGGUACAAUCCUCCCUGCUCUUCCAGGCCGGCCCGGACCGUAAUUAUAUGGAGCCCAACGUGUCCGCCUUCAUCGGCAACGACGACCAGGGCUUCUGGGGCCUGUCGGUCAUGCUCGCUGCCGAGACCAACUUCCAGAAUCCGCCGCCGUCCGAGCCGCAGUGGCUCGCCCUCGCGCAGGCCGUCUUCAACACGCAGACCUCCCCGGACCGCCGCGACGGCUCAUGCGGCGGCGGGUUGCGCUGGCAGGUGUUUGCGCUCAAGAACGGAUACAAUUAUAAAAAUGCAAUCUCCAACGGGAUUUAUUUCAACCUGGCAGCACGCCUCGCCCGGUACACAGGUGAUGAAUCGUAUGCGCAGCACGCCGCCUCGACCUUCAACUGGAUGGAGAGCGUGGGGCUCAUCGACGAUGGCUUCAACGUCUUCGACGGCGCGCACGUCGAGCGUGACUGCCGCGAUAUCAACCGCGCGCAGUUUAGCUACAACGUCGCGGUCCUCCUCCAGGGCGCGGCCUUUAUGUACGAUUUCACCGGCGGGGAGGCCGUCUGGGUCCACAGGGUGGACGGCUUGCUCGACAGCCUGCUGCGCACGUUUUACGUGGCUCCCGCGUGGGAUGAUGAGACCGACGCCGACGCCAGGAUUGCCUUCGAACCUGCCUGCGAGGGCGGCGCGUUCAACGUCCCUGCUAGCGGCUGCACAGGCGACAUGCUAGCGUACAAGGGCUUCGGGACGCGCUGGAUCGCGGCUACAAUGCAGUUGUGUCCGUGGACACGCGGCCGCAUCUUGCCUGCGCUGAGAGCGUCGGCCGCGGCUGCGGUGCGGCAGUGCCGCGGUGGUGAGAACGGGCGCAUGUGUGGCAUGCGAUGGUCGUCUGGGAGGUAUGACGGGACGUUCGGUGUGGGCCAGGAGAUGGAUGUGCUGUCGGCGCUGAUGGUGUUACUUAUUGAAGACCCAGCUGAUUCAUAUGACCAAGGUGAAGACUUGGAUGGGGUGACAUAUGGAAUUCAGCAGCCGGCUUAUGUCCCUCUGACGCAUGACACGGGCGGCACAAGUGAAGGUGACCCAGAUGCUGGAAGGAGUUCGAAGAAUAGUGGGAAGGAAUUGGCACCGAUCACGGAUACAGACACAAGCCUCGCGGCGGCCCUGACCAGCAUAAUCGUCGUCUCCAUGUUCGGCGUAUUCCUCUUCAUGUGCACCGAGGCGUUCGAAGGGCGCCGCAUGGACAAGAGCCAGAGUCGUGGUGUCAUUGCACGCCGGCCUCGCGUGGAGGUCAUUUCCGUGCAAGCGCCACUCAAAUGGACGGAUCUCGAAGCAAGGAAACCGAGCAGCCGCGAGAACCAGAUCAGAUCCAGGUCUUUGAAUGGACGUGUCCCAGUCCGGCCCGCUAAGAUCCACGUGGCUCAUCAUCGCUACAAGCGGGCCACAGUCUACAGAGAGGAUGACGACUCUGUAUUUGGCGAUGACGAGGCUUCUGUCGUUGAUGGCCGGUUGACAGGGUCGAGGAGGAGUCGAUGA